UCUGGCAACCCUUCAGGCAAGCGACACAGGGCGGGAUAUUCAAAACUCAGGCGACUGACGUCUAGUUAUUUUUCUUAUUUGUUUUCAAUGUAAACAGGGAAGUUCAAGGUCUCUCAAUUCAAGAAAUAUGGGCGACAAGGACCCUGCCACCGCAAACAGCAGAAAAGAACUGCGCAAGAAGAAAAUGAUGGAAUACUUGACAAAUAAAGACAAACACAUCUCCAAGACACAUGUCAGCGAGCUUCCGAGGAAGAAACCAGAAACUACAAGGUCGUCUGCACUCCAGAUUAUCAGAGACAAAGAAAAUAAAGCUCCUGUCACCAGUUUUCGUCAGGAAACUAAAAAAGUCCAACCCUUGGCUCUUCUCAACAACAAAAAUCCCCCUAGGACUCUGUUUUCUGCUGCGAAAAAGCAGAACGUACUGACCGAACACCAGCCGACGCACACUAAAAAGUCCACUUUGACCAGAAUCUACACAGUUUCCACUCUGAAGGAGACCAACCUUUCCAAAAAGCCGCCGAUUGUCAGGACGCAGCCUGCGGGAAAAGCAGUUUCUGUUACCAAGUCCUCAAAGGGCGCUUUUAAGCCACCACCAACGGUCAAGACGUAUACAGCCCGGCUGAGUCUGGGGCCUGUGGUGAAAACCAGGACUGGGCUCAUUCCUGCAAUGAUCCAACCGAGGGUCAACAGACCUCUCCCGACAACGGGCGCCAGAGUGGCUCCUUCGAGAGCCGCCGUCCCAUCUUCCAAGGCUGUGGUAAAGAAAAUCCCACUACCACAGAUACCGACUGCACUUCAAGAGCCACGACCCGUCCCUGUUAAACGACCGCCUUGUAAAACUCGACCAGAAUCAACAGUGACCGCCAAGUCACUACCUGACAAAGCGGCCAAUAGGCCAUUAAAGCGCACGACUCAACCUAAAGUCCGGCCAACCGUACAGAACUCUCAAGUGGUUGCAAGUAGGUCGCAAACAGCUGCCAAACCUAAAAUGGCUGACACUGUUACGAAGAAAACCAGUGCCCCCUUGGAGAAGCGGACUGCAUCGCGGUCCGUGGUUGCUGUCGGCAGUCAUGCUACAUUACAGACCAAAGCAACAAAGCCGCAAACUGCGGGGAAGAAGAUGACUGCUGAGCAAGAGGAGCGAAUGAAAAAACUGCAGGAAUGGCGGGAAGCCAAGGGCAUUUCCUACAAGCGUCCUUCCACGCUGGUGAAACCUCAAGUCCGACGCACCGCUGCUGAGCCGCUAGUGCCUCGCGCGACCCUGAAAGCACAGGACGACGCUUGCUCGUUCGUCCGUGACGUGGACAGCUGCCUAGCUGACUGCAUUAAGCUGCUCGCUGAGGGUGGUCAAGCACCUCAGGUGAGGACCAUCCUCUCCCGGUUGCCGCCAGUGUCCCAGAAGUUUGCCAAAUUCUGGGUUUGUCAGCUUCGCCUGAUGGAGCAAGAGGGCAACCUGGACGUCCUGCCAGUCUUUGAGGAGGCUGUGCGCGUCACCGUGGAGCCAGUGGAUGAGCUUCGUGCUGUGGUCUUUAACAUCCUGAAGAAAAAGGAGACUCAAGCUUCCGAGGAAGAUGUGACGGAAAUCUCAAAACCUUCGGGCACAGCCGGACAAACAGAUUGUGAGGACGAGAACCCGACGACCACGCCACCCGUCCGGGUCCUCAUCACCGGGGAGAGGGGAACCUCGUCCACUGUCAAGUACAAGAUCACGGCCACUCCCGGCGCCCCGUCGACCCAGCAGAGCGAGCCGAUAGUUGUGGACGGCCACGAGGUGCGCUUCUUCACACCGGUGCGGCGCUCUGUGCGUAUUGAGAGCGUCACGCGCCCCUACCCUGCUGCGCUGAGGGAGCACGACCUGUGUGUGGCAAGCUUUGCCGAGCUUCUGGCCAAUGAGGAAGACGAGGAGGAGGAGGGGCGUGACACCUUAUACGUCUACAGGGAGAACGAGGCACUUCAAGACAAGGUUGCCCUCCAGGUGAUGACUGAGCUGGAUGAGAGGUCCUGAUGGAAGGAUAAGACAAUUCUGCGUCAAAUGCCGGCUUGUAAGUUUGGCCACGUCACCGCUGGAUGCUAUCAGUCAUUAAAAGAAGAAAUAUGAUGGAGACUGGAACUGGACCAGAACUAAGAGGAGGCUAAAAUGUGUCUGAGAACGUAAAAAUUCUGAUUCUUCGAUUAAACAACUUCAUGUUCUCUUACCUUUAAGUCAACAUAUUUCCUCUUGUUUUUGAUUUUUUUAUUUCAUUGUACAGUUAAGCACCAGUUUAAGCAUGGAAAAGAAUAUAUCUAGUAUUUUUUGUCUAUGAUUAUGGUAGCUCAUUUCUCACUGAAUAUUUGUCAAUAGAUUGUGUGUACUUUCAUUGAAUCCUUGUAAUGUGUUUGGAUGAAAAUUGGAUGUGUAAAAGUUUGAAAUCGAUCGAUAUGGGUUUUUCAGGAGCGACACCGAUUAUUAGUAGUUAGAGGGCCCGGUAACCGAUUUUUGGAGCUGAUAUUAAUUUGCCGUAUAAGUGUAAAAGUUGCCGUAAAAAAAUUGAAUAAUGCAAACGCUGAACUUCAUUGAAAUGCCUCAAGCAUGUUUAUUGAUUUCACACAAAUAGAAAAUAAUAGCUCCAGAAGUGCCUGAAUUUCCUAGACUCCGAAUCAUCUGUUAUAAAGUUGAAUAAAAGGUUAAAUAGCUCUUAAAUGUUUCACAGAAAAUACAGUACAACAAAAAUACAGGCUCAGCAGCAGCUCUUGUGAAGUUAAAUAAAAACCUGGUUAAUGCCUCCUGAUUUUUUUCACAAUAAAAUUUCCUAUAUAACUGAAAUAAUUUAACUUUUUUUUUAACUUCAAACAAAAAAAGUGCAACUCUCAAGCUCAGCAUUAUCUCUAGUAAAUGCAAAAAAAAAAAAAAAAAAAAAAACUUGCUUUUCUAAACCUAUGCUUUACAAAAGGUGGAAAGGCGGAAUACAAAUGUAACUCCAUUACCAUUUAACCAAUCAGAGGAUGGGGCGAGUACUACUGCAGGUGAGGGGUACGGCUGCGUCUGAACUCAAAUAACCCAGUUUAAAAUGGAUUUUUUCAUAUCGGCCAGUCAGAUUUUUAAAAAGGCCGAUACGGAUAUUUGUCAAAUUUCUAAAUAUCUGCGCAGAUAAUCGGCAUGGCCGAUAAUCUGUUGAUCUGUCGUAAAAGUCAAUGGUGCAUUUUACAUACCUCAACUUGCAGUAUAUUGUUUUCAGAUCAAGUUUAAUACAGAAACAAUAUACUGUACUGCAAAGGUUUAGUAUUUUCAGGCUGAGAUAAAUCACAAAUGAAAUUUGAUUCUGUUGCAAAAAUGUCAGCUUGCUAACACAAUACAAGUGUUAAUGCAAGAAAACUUUUUUAAAGGAGUGAAUAAUAUAUAUAAUGUGUGUGUGUAUACAUAUAUAUGGCGGAAAAACACAAGACUGAAAAAGC